AUGACCAAUUGUCGAUGCCUCCCUGUUCUGCAGCUUGCUAGGUUACGCCACAAGCAUCCACUUCAGACGAAGAAGGCUUUGUGGCUGAAGAAAGAGGGCAUCGACCUGUUGAAAGAUCUUUUGGGGUACUUGAAGGGAAGCAACGCUAUCCUCCUGAGGAUCUGCAGGCAGUUUCGCCUGCGCGCCACCAUCCAGCUUCUCUUCGGCAACGCAGACGACGAGCAGAAGAACGUGCAGGUGCUCUGCGCAGAAGUCGUCGAUAUGUCGGACAUCACCAUGCAUCACCAGCUGUGGUACUAUAUCCGUGAGAGGCACGAUGGAAAGUUGCUGUGUGCAGUCGAAGAGGCGAACGAAGAGAAAGACAUCGAGGUGCAUUGGGUGACGGACGCUCCGAAGGCAAAUUCCAUCAACAGCCCUUACACAGUGUAUGGGAACGAGGCCAGUCCCGCGCACACCUACAUGCAUUUGUGUCUCAUCGUCGAUGUUGGCAAGGCUGGCGAGCGGGCAACGGCGACAGAAUAG